ACCUUCAUUUGCACGUAUGGUAGCUUAUUUUUGCACACUUAAUGAGACAAGGGAAGAGACUUAGGAAAGAUGUCACAUCUCAUUCUAUUGCUAAGAAGGCUAAGGAGUCAAUUUUUUCAGUCGAUACCUCCAAACCUGAUUUGAAGUUGCUAAAAGAGGCUUAUGGCUUGUUGUCCUCUAGAGAGAAGCAUGACUUUGAGGUUCAAUUUGGGUGCAUCAGGGAUCUAUUAUCAGUGGUGCUGAAUUGGAACUUGUUCCGAGCUAUGUUGAAAUUCUGUGUCCUUCAAUAUCAAGCUUUUGUGUUCCCACAGUUUGAGUUGUUCACGUUAGAAAAAGUUCAAGAAAUGUUGCAAGCUAUAUGGAGGUUUCCAUUUGAAUUCUCACAACCAUUGGUGACAAUUAGAGAUGAUUCUUAUUGGUUUGAUUGGAAUGCAACAUUAAUGGCUUUGGGAAAGAGAUUGGAAGGCAUGACAUCGUCUCAAAAGAUUAACUUUGUGGCAUUAGGAAUUUAUGGCAUGGUGGUCUUUCCUAUGGUGGUAGCUUUGUUUGAGCAAUUGUUGCACACUUCAGCAUUUAAUCCUACUUCUAUAGUGAUAGUUGAAACUUUGUGGUCUAUGAAAGAAAUCUGGGCUAAAAGAUCCGGCCAUUUCUCGGGUUGCAUCGAGUUGUUUACUACAUGGGCACAUGGUCACUUGAGGGGUCCUCAAUUUGAAGCUUUAUUCAGUGUUCCUGUGAAAGAUAGAAAGACAGAGGAUUGGCAUCGAUCACUUCUAGUAGCAACUAUUAAUGAUGUCGGAUUUGUUCUCCUGACUUGGAAUGAUACUCAUUAUCUUGCUCCACUUGAAGGACAUCACUCUAUUCCUUUGUUGGGUAUUCAUGGAGGGGUUACAUAUUCAGUGAAGUUGGCAUCUUGUCAAUUUGGAAAAGCACAAAGCGUUCCCUAUCUUGAUGACGCAUUACAGUCACACUUUGAUUACAUGUCUUCCCCAGCAAUUGUAUCCAAAGCACAUGAGGAGCAAUGGAGAUUGAGUUGGAUAGCUAAGCUUUCUUUGCCAUUGGAGGUGACCAAAAUGAAAAACUUUACCAUCAUGGACUUAACUGCUAAGCUGGGACUUAGCCAGGCUCAAAGAUGUCAGUUGCUAGAAAAGUAUGAUGAGUUAGCUCUUGAUCAUGAAUUGCUUAAAAGAGGGAAGGAGUUGGCCGAUCAACAAGUGGCAAGGUUGAAAGACAAGAUUGCCUCUUUAAAAAGGGAUUUGGCUGCUAGCAAGAAAAUUUGUGGGAAGCAAAAAAGGAGUUUGGAGUUUGCUGAAGAACAACGGAAAAAGCUGCUACAGGUAAAGGUGGAUCUUAAGGCAAAAGAAAAGGAGAACAAAGAGCUUGUGGAGAAAGUGAUUAAACAGCAAGAGUUGAAAGGAAAAGUGAUAAAGUGGAGGAAUGCUUACAACAAGUUAUUGUCUGAUUAUGAUGCUCUACAAAAGGAAUUAUGAACGGCAAAGCGAUCAAAGCAAGGUGAGAAGGAAAGCACAACUUGAGGAGCUUGGGGAAAGAUGGGUUGCUUGGGAGCUAUUGUACAAACAUCAUAAAUUCAGAUUUGUCAAUGAAAACUUACUUGAAUGAAUGCAAUCUUUUCUU